AUGAUUCAUAAAACAAGAAACUGGGAAUUCAUCAGCCUAAUUAAAGGGACGAGAAGGGAUAGAGACAAGUUUGAAAUAGUGGCACUAUGGGUCAUAUCAUUCUAUUGUGGACGAGGUCAAGCGGCAGAUAUAGACAGCAAUCAAUGUGAUCCGUAUCGGAUGAAGUACAUAUAUGAUCAUGAUCAAUCAGACUUUGAACAAUCGGACUGUCAUUACUACAUGUGCAGCUCGUCCAGGAUAUACGAACGACAAAAAUGCCCAGAUGGCAAAGGUGUCAGUGACUUAUUUAAGAUCAAGUAUGAGAACUAUUCUCAGGGGCAAAGUUACGACCCUUGUACUAAGUAUACCACAGCCUGUAAGAGAACAUUGGCAGAAAAAGGACUGACCGAAUUCGAAGUUCCCGUUUGCGGCCAGGACUUCGUGUUCAUUGCUGAUAUUUCGUGCAGCAUCUCCCCAACUGACAAAGAGAAGAUUCGACGCUUCCUUAUAUCAGUUGUGAAAAGAAUUCCAGUUAGGCCUCCUUUCUCACAAGUGGCAAUAUUACUCUACUCUGAAGUCACAUACCACAUUGCAUACCUAGACUCAUAUCGCCGAUCAAAGCUAGUGAAAGUCUUGGAAAACAUGGAAUUGAUUCCAAAGACAUGUGGUACAGCAACAUUUUCUGCACUGAAAGAAGCCAGGGAGGUGUAUUUCCAAGAGAAGAAUGGACAUCGUCCAAACAAAAAGAAAAUUGCGAUUCUAAUCACUGAUGGGAGGACGUUUCCAGGUAAAAGAAAACAAGAAACGCUUGAUGAAGCCAAAAAGAACGACGAAGCCGGUAUCAUAUCAUAUGUCGUAGCAGUGCCAAAUCAAACGCAACAAGGGAAAUUGGUAGGCUUUGAUGAAUGGGACGCCAUCGCCACAGGAAAUGCUGUCAAACCAGGUCCGGAAAAUAGAACCAUUGAUUCUAACGUAUAUGCUCUAGAAUCCUUUGAAGAACUGCGGGAGACAAUUAGUCAGAUUGUUUAUGAUACAUGUAAGAAUAUGUAAACAACAUGGAUACAAGACAAACUGUUUGGAUGAUUGAAAUACUAUGACACGUUUUAUUAUAAACAUAAUGUACGAUAUAAAUAUCAAGAAGUAAAAAUUAAUUCAUCAGUUCAUUUUAUUGUAAUAUUUGUGUGGUUAUGACGUUGAACCUUCUACUGACGUUAAUCGUAACUCAAAGUGUUAGGGUCAGUUGCAUUUCAGUAACAACUUAUUUGAGGUCAGUGUCAGACAUACAUUAGCAUGACAAAAUGUCACAAUUUGGUAAGCUAUUGCAAAUCGG